CUCCUGUCUCUGUUGGGCCCAGGUCAGGUGAUGUCAGCCCUUCGGGACUCAGGACUGCAGGACGGCACUGUGCUGAUGGUCACAGCCGACCAUGGGGACCUGGUCAUGGAGCACCGGCAGUUCUACAAGAUGUCCAUGCUGGAGGGCAGCUCCCAUGUUCCUCUGCUGCUCAUGGGUCCAGGGGUGAGGUCUGGCCAGCAGCUCAGCUUGCCUGGAUCUCUGGUUGACCUGUAUCCCACCCUGUUAGGAGAAAGAGGCGGACACCAAUUGAAGCACAAUAAACCAUCAUAUCUCAGAAAGAACAGUCAUUCAACAAGCCUUCCCCUGCUGACGACCUCCUGAUCGGCUCUGCCCGUCGAUCCGGCUUCUGGGUUGCCCUCCUGGCCUGUACUGGUCACCCUCUGGACCUGCCCCAACACUCAGCCCUGCCUCCCCAGUCCCCUUCCGGACCCCCCGGCCACCCGGCCUUGAUUUCCUGCUGGGACGUCCGGUGCCGUCCCUUGUGGGGGAGUACUGACAGGGCCACGGCCGUACGCCAGCCUGAGUUAGUUUUCCCUGCUCUACUGUUUCCUUGUGUCUGAUUCCCUGUGUUCUGUGCUUUUGUCUUCCUCUGUGUCUUGCUCAUUGGUGUGUCAUUUUCUGUUUGCCCAUUAGUGGUGGUUUGGUUCACCUGUGUGUAGUUUGGUCUUGUGUGUAUUUAUGGUUCCUCCCGAUCAGUCCUUGUUGGUUCUGUGUCAUGUUGUGUGUGUUCAUGUGAGUACCCUAGCUGU